AUGAAGGUUGCUGAAAGAGGACCACCGAUGCAUCGUUUCGCACGCCAAAAUCUUCUGAAUGGGACUACUACCACCACUGAACAGGCAACUAAGGAUCCGACUUCAACCGCUACUCCAGCCGACAGUUCAAAAAAUACAGUUUCUGCGACAGACCCAAUCUCCUCAUCAUCAGCCGCCGAAUCUACUACUACCGCUUCAGUACCGAGCCUGAGCCUCGUUGCUAUCACCACCGCUACUGCAUAUACGAGUUCGACUCACUCACCGAUUCCGCAGUACACCGGCUCAGGAAAUGUACUGAAAGGCUAUUGCGCGACGCCAGACUACACUUUGAUUGAUGGAGGUCCUACGGCUUAUUGGGCUCCAGUGCUUGGCUGCGUUGGUGAUAAGACGGACUGUUGUGCAUUCAGCGUUGCAUCCAUGACGGCAGCCUCGACACUUCAAUCAACACUGCAAGCCAAACAGGUUGGAGGAGCCUCCGUUGGGUUUCCGAUUCCGAGGUCUGAUGGAGCUGAAUUGGACACAUGCCCGGACGACUACACUUCUGUCGGCAAUGGGUGCUGCCCGUCUCAAUAUAAUCCCUGGAACGCAGCAUUUGACGGCCAAACACCUUGCUAUCUCGAACUGUCCGGGGCCGCAGUAAUGACUCCACCACCGGUGCCAGACACCUACGCUCUGAAGGCGACGGGUUCCGGUGGAACGUCGAAACCUACCUCUGCUGUCGUCAAUGUCGUAUACGCGAUGCAAUACAAAGUCAAGGCACCUAAAAAUGGAGGUCUGGCUCUACCAUCUAAGAUCGGUAUCGGAGCGGGGGCCGGUAUUGGUGCUCUUGCAUUUGGGAUUCUGAUGAUCUUCCUCCUAUGGAAACGUCGAGACCGGAAACGAAAUCGUGCAGCUCGUCAAUCCCUCAAAAACUCUGGACCGAACUCUACCACCGAUCCAGUCGUGGGGCGCUACUCAGCACCAUCUCAAGUCACCAGUGCGGGCGCCCCAAAGUGGCACCAAAGAGUAUCUGAGCCGGUUGAGGGGAGGUUCGGAGAGCAGUUCAGCGACCAGGGUGCUAGGCCAGCUGGCACCAAGAUAUACUCGGCGGACUGGGCUCCUGGAUCAGUUUCGCCUUCACCGAAUGAAUACUCACAAAAAUCUAUGCGGGUAUCACCGAGGAACUAUUCUUCAACUCCAAUGUCCAACACACCUGCGGCGGGACUUUCGGUUUCUGGGCAGCAGCAAUAUCCUUUCCCAGCAGCAGUAUCACCGGUCGAUGUGCCUACGGAGUUGUAUGGAGGUGUCACAAUGCAUAGACAAGAGCUUGAUGAAGGACCGCCGAUACACAGGCAAGGGUUGGUUGGAGUAGCAGAGAACAGACAGUGGCCCCUCCCAGGGGCGAGGACGCGGUACGAUCAAUGAAAAUGCUCUUCCUACGCAAGACUCAAAGGUCUGGGCAAACAUCAAAAGAGGAAUACCGUGCGAAUACAAGCAUGAAUGGGCUUUGACGCUCGAUGACGUCCUCAGUACAUAGAGAACUUAUGAAAUUUGAUGUUUUUCUUGACGAGC